AUGGAUACCGUCAAGAACGCCGCCAACUAUGUUGCCGAGACCGUGCAGGGAACUGGCGCUGAGGCUUCCAAGGAGACCAACAAGCAAGUCGCAAAGGAUGACGAUGCCAAGCUGAGCACUCGUGCCGCCGCUGCGAAGGAUGCUCUUGUCGACAAGAAGGAUGAGAAGUCUCACGAUGUUAAGGCCGAUGUUCACAAGGAACAAGUUAAGCAUCAAAACUAA